GCGCAGUGGCACUUCACCUUCGAUGACGUCAGUGUCUGGUAGGUCCUCCUUCUGCUGCUCACAACCUAAAGAAAGCGCAACUGCUCCGUUUUCGUCUUUGCUAAGGUACAUUGAAAAAUUCCCAAAUCUUGUAAAGUAACGGUGGAGCCGGGAGCGACAUCGGCAUCAGGGAUCGUGUUGUGGAAACUUUGGAGAAUUCUGGAGCGAAACGAGAAACAGGUGGAGUUGAAGAUUCGCCCCGUAUGCGCCUUCAAGCAGCAGAUUUUUAAGAAGAGACGAAACGCCCGAGUGGGCGAAGUGAGGACGGACUGGCCAGUACAAGCUAAACAGGAGGUGAGCGGAGACCAGUGGACUGGACUGGGAGAGACGGGGUUAUUACAAGCAACGAAGAAACAGAAAAGGAGAAGCGUGGCGAACAAGGCCCCCCUGAAGGUGCCGAGCUGAUGGCCCACACUGCACUAAACACUUUGGCCAUUUGUAGUGAGAAUGGCGACAGAGGUGCAGGUCCUGGAGUUUGGAAAACUGAAGAGUUUACUGAGCAGCCUCAUGGAGACGUUAAGGAUGAAGACACCCAAGUAGACAUUAUGAGCGCUUCAGAUGAUUAUGUGAAGCAGGAGUCCAUUAGUAUUAAGAAGGAGGAGCUCAGCAUUAAAGUGGAGGUCACACAAGGGGAGCAGGAGUCUCCUUUAACUGACCACAAAGUUAACGAAAGCCAUCAAGGGUGGAAUCUGGAGGGCAGUCCGUCGUCAUCUCAGCAAGAGUAUAGGGCUGGAGAUGAGCCUGUGAAUGAGGGGACACAAGGGGCGGUGGGUGAGGAGCAGUCGGUAGAAGAUCAGCAGAAUCCUCAGACCUGCAGUCGACUGCAACUCCUCCAAAUCCAGCAGAAGAAUCGCAAAGGAAAAAAGUCCAAUCAGUGCGCUGAAUGUGGGAAGACGUUCACCAAGGCAUCGGCCCUCAACGCGCACCAACGCAUACACGCAGGAGAAAGAAUGUAUGAGUGUCCCGAGUAUGGAGGGUCGUCACCGAAGCUUAAUGUUCACGACAGAAUUCACACCGGAGGAGAAGUGGAUGAGGAUUCAGAGUGCGAAUAUCCUAAAGGGUCUUCUCGGGACAAAGAAGGAACUUCUCAUUUUGGCCCCACGUUGGAGACCAAACUAGAAGAACGAGUUACAGGUUCACACUUUUUCAAACCUCUUCCACUCUUUUGUGAUCAAAUUUCUAGUUCCAUUAAGCAGGAAGAUAUUUCAGAUUUGUCAUCUGGGGUUUCCGACCAUGGAAGGAAGCAGGAGUCCCUCAGCAUUAAGAUAGAGGAGUUCAUCGGUAUUAAAGAGGAGGACACAGAAGUUGAAGUUUCUUCUACUGUUAAAAAAGAAAUGCUUACUCCAGUAUCCUGUACAGAGAAGUCUACGGACUUGAAUAUGACAGAUGAUCAUGAAAUACACCAGAACAUUGAAAAAGAAGAAAAAACACAUCAGUGUCAUAGGUGUGGAAAGAGUUCCCCAUUGGAUUCAGGUCAAAGAUUGCAUGUAGGAGAUCAAACAGAAGAAAUUGCUUAUCAAUGUAUGGAUUGUGAGAAGUCUUUUAGUCAGCGUCUACAACUUUCACAUCAACAAGGAACCCCCACAGGGAACAAGCCUUACCAAUGUACUGAAUGUGGGAAGAGUUUCAAACAGAAGGUAUUCUUUAAAAAUCAUAUGAGAAUCCACACAGGGGAAAAACCUUACCAGUGUACUGAAUGUGGGAAGAGCUUCCGACUGGGUGCAGUCCUGAAAAGACACAAGAGAAUUCACAGCGCAGAGAGACCCUACCAAUGUAGUGAAUGUGAGAAGAGUUUCAAACAGAAGGUAGGUCUUAAAAAUCACAUGAGGAUACACACUGGGGAAAAACCUUACCAGUGUGCUGAGUGUGGCAGGAGAUUCCGGUGGAAUCCCCACUUUAAACUUCACUUGAGGUCUCACACAGGCGAAAAAGCGUACCAGUGCAGUGACUGUGGAAAGAGUUUCACACACAAAAGAAAUCUCGUUGAACACCGCAAAGUUCACAGUGGAUUAAAACCUUACCAGUGUGGUGAAUGUGGAAAAACUUUCAUACGGAGAACAAACCUCUCCCAGCACCUGAAAGUUCACACGGGAGAAAAAACGUACCAAUGUCAUGAAUGUGGAAUGGGUUUCUGGAGGAAAUCGUAUCUCGAAGAACACUCGAUGUUUCACACGGGCAAAAACCUCCUACAGUGCAGUGAAUGCGGAGAGCAUUUUACAAACCAAAAACGUCUGAGCCGCCAUCAUAAAGUCCACCGAGGAGAAAGACCUUACCAGUGUAAUGACUGUGAAAAGACGUUUAAGCAAUAUGGGCACCUUAUGGUUCAUCGGAGGUCUCACACAGGCGAGAAGCCAUACCAGUGUGCUGAAUGUGGGAAGUGUUUCACUCAGAGUGCAGCGUUUACAAUUCAUCAAAGAAUUCACUCGGGUGAAAAACCUUUCCAGUGUUCGGAGUGCGGGAAGAGUUUCAGGCAGGGUUCAGGCCUCAGACAGCACCAAAAAAUUCAUGCGAAGAAAAAAAACAGUAGCAGUGUAAGGAAUGUUGAAGGUCUGUCAGCCAAAGCUCACACCUCAGAUGUCAUCAGUUGAUGCUUAUGAAGUGAGAUUCGCUCCUGUCAAAACAGAGCAGAGAAAAUUAAAUAACACACAUGAAGAGAUCAAUCCUAAAGGAGACCUUAUCAUUGUGAUAUAGUAGACUGAGAAAGUGUUCCAACCCUUCACUUUCUGCACACUUAAUUGUGUUGUACAUUUAAUUUUAAAUUGAAGAGUUUGCCACUAAUGCUCAUUAAUCAAAAUUUAUUAAGAAUUUAAAAAAGGUGUUGGUUAUUCCACAACCAUGCAGAACCUACCAUCUUUUUCCUUUACCACCCUCGAACUAUACUGCUGCCUCCCUGAUCUUCCAAUACUCCUUCGUUGGAGUCCACCCAUGUAAAACUGAACUGACUGGACGUUGUUUAGAAAGGCACACAUGUACCCGUGGAUAGAAGAUCCUACAAGUCACACUGCAGCUCAGGCGAAAAAGCAAACCAUGAAAUCCAAGGAACUCUCUGUAGACCUCUGCGGUCACAUUGUGGAGUGGCACAUAUCAGAGUAAGGGGAGUGAACCAUUUCUACAGCCUUUUGAGUGUUGUCACAGUGGCCUCAUUAAUCAUGAAACUGAAGAAGCUUGUAGCUUCCAGGACUCUUCCUAGAGUUGACUGAGUAACUGGGCAAGGAGGGCCUUUAUCAUGGAGGUAAUGAAGAACCCAAUGGUCACUCUAGCUUCAGAUGUCCUCUACUGAGAUGGGAGAACUUAUGCGAAGGACAACCAUCUCAGCAACACUUACUGUUUAUGGUAGAGUGGGUCGAUGGAAGCCACUCUUAAGUAGAAGUCAUAUGACAUGUUAAAGGACUCUCAGCACAUGAGGAGAAAGAUUCCCUGGUCUGAUGAAAUAAAUAUUGAAGACUCUGGGCAGAACUUCAAGUAUUAUGUCUGGUAAAGUCCAGACCCUGCUCACCACCUGCCUAAUACCAGCCUGACGGUAAUGCAUGGUGCUGGCAGCAUCAUGCUACGGAGGUGCAGAUCAGGGUCAGGAUUGAGAAAAGGAUGAAUGCAGCGGUCCUUGAAGAAAACCCUGCUCCAGAUGGCACACCACCUGAGAAUGGAGCAAUGGCUCACCUCUCAAUGCAACAAUGACCGGAGAAGAACACUGCUGGUAUGGCUUCCAGAUAAUCCUCUGAGUGGUCCAGUCAUAAACCCCAUAGGACAUGCGAGUAGAGACCAGACGAUGGCCAUUUACAGAGGCUUCCCAUCCAAUCUAAUGGAGCUUGAGAAGAUCUACUAGGAAGAAUGGGAUAAACUGCCCAAAUCCAGGUGGGCAAAAUUUGUACAGAGUUACCCAAAAAUACCCAAAGGUGGACUUGCUGCAAAAGGGGCCUCUCCACAGUACUGUAAUAAGGGUCUGAAUACUUCUAUGAAGUUUAGAUUUCAGUUUGGGAUUUUGAAUAUAUUUGCAAACCUUUCUGAAAACUCGUUUUAGAUUUGUCAAAAUGGGUUACUGAGUGCAGAUUGAGGGGCAAUAAAAUGGCAAAUGUUUCUAUUUAAAAUGAAAAUCUACAACACAGUAAAGUGCAGGCGUCUGAGUGCGUUCUGAAUCCACGGCAAGUAUAGAAAGACUUUGAGUCACAAUACAUCUGCUAGAAUUCACCAAAGAAAUUGCACGUUAAAGAAAAGCCCAGGGAACAGAUCAACAGGAGACGAGGAGCUUAAACCACUUUGGGUCUUAAAGUUCAUGGGCUCUGAAGUCAAAAAGAGAAGUUCAGUGCGGUGGGCUUCAGUUUGCAAACUGUGUCAUCAAGGAGAAAUUGCUUAAGAAAUAAACAAAAAAAUCAAAUUUGGUGAUGUUUGCUUGAACAACCUGUGACUUCUACUGUGCCAGGGUCCAUCGGUCAUGGAGACGUUCAGAUUCUCACUGUUUCUAAACCGUGAUUUUAUUUUGGGGUCACAGAGACAUGUAUACGGGCUCAAAUGAAUUGGUAAAAAAGCAUAUAUUAUACAAGUGAAGAAGUCAAAUAAAAAUAUUAAACAAACAGUGUGUACUCAGAUGAGAGGAGACCUUUGGUUCUGGUCUCAUCACGGCCCUUCUUAAAGGUUUCUGCUUCCACUCCAUGUCUUGGUAUUUUGUUUCUGAAGUCGCACAAGAACUUGUGUGAAGAAGUGCAUCCCGGCGUUUGUAGAAAUUCAGUAA